AUGCGGUUCCUCCUGUUGCUGGCCGUGUUGGCCACCGUAGGCUUGGCGGCAGUCUGCCGCGGCGGCGACUGCGACAAGCGGCUGAAACGCAACAUCUUCAAGAAGAACACGGAGGAUCACGGCGAUGGAACGGUUUCGGAACAUCAAGGUCGCAAGAAGCGCUUCGAGGAUGCUGUCAGAGAUGUCACAGUCCUGGAACACCAGGGGCGCAAGAAGCGCUCCGGCCAGAUUCUAAGCACAUUUGAACAUCAAGGUCGCAAGAAGCGCUUCGAGGAUGCGGUCAGGGACGACACGGUCCGGGCCCAUCAAGGUCGCAAGAAGCGCUCCGAGAAUGAUGUCUUGAUAAACAAGCCGACCCGCCGCCCAGCUCCUCGAUCUCGGAAGGACGAUGAACGCAAGAAGCGCGACGAACAGGAGAUUUUGUGUCUUCCUGUUGAUGGGCACGAGACACGCAAGAAGCGCUCGACCGAUGCCGACAACCUGAUGGUUUUGUGCAUUCCCAUCGAAGGGCAUCAAGGACGAAAGAAGCGCGCCGUGGAGACUUCUCAAAGCAAGAGGGGCUCCGGCUCCUGGGGCAAGGACGAUGGGAUCCAGCAUCAUCAGGGUCGCAAGAAGCGCUCAGAUGAGACGGACGAUGAAAUCCUGGGCCACCAAGGACGUAAGAAGCGCUCCGAAGAGACCGACGAGGGAAUCCUGAACCACCAAGGACGCAAGAAGCGCCAGGAUCAUGAUAUCGAUCGAGCUCAUCAAGGACGCAAGAAGCGCCAGGCGGUCCGUGGAGGGCGCAAA